ACUACUACUAAUUAUUAGUGGCAGAUCAGAUCAUAAUAGUACCCUCUCUCUCGCUCUAAUCUCAUCGGACCCCCUUCCCCUCUUCUUUUCUUCAGAAAAAAGGUCUACUUACUAGCAUUAACAUAUUUUUUUGGAUUGGCAGCACAACACACACAAGGCCAAGGCCAAGGCAAUGGGGUUUGGAUCGUUAGGUAGUAGUUAGUGUAUUAGGGAUUUGGAUAUGUCGUUGGUGAUGUAGCAAGCAAGUAAGCAAGCAGAGCAGAGCAGAGUAGUGUAGUAUAGUAUAGUACAGAGUAUCUCCAAAUAUUUGUUGCCUGUCUUCUCCUCUCCUCCGUGUCCCUUCCUCACCGGCCUCCUCUGCUUCUGCACUGUCUCCGCCUUCUUUUCUUCAAUUUCAAUUUACCACCAUACCCUCUCCCUUCUCUUCUCUACACAACAACAUUUCCCACUCCCCUCUACUGUUAAUUGUUAUCUCCCUCCCUCCCUCAUCACCAAACCCUAAUUAACCCUCCCCUCCCCAAAACAAAAACAAAAGCUCCUUGCUUUCCUAUUUCCCACCUCCUAAUUAAUUCUUCCCCGCCCAACCCUGGCCGCCCCCGCCACCGUCCCCCGCUCCCAAUCAAGUAGACUUCCCAAAUGGAUAAAAGUGAUGUGGAGAUGGAAGAUGCAGGAACAAUGCCCCAGGAGGGGUUAAGUCACGAAACCAAAUCUGAUGAUGCACUUGGUACUCCAGAUGCACAUGUCAACAAGCCUCAGGGUCAACAACUUCCCUCCCACCAAACCUCUGCUGAAUUACAGGGAAACGCUGAAGCUGCAGCUGAUCCUCUUGCCCACGAGGAACACGGUGAGCCCAAUGUUGUUGGUGAAAACAACGAUGCCCAACCAACCAACAUCAAGGCCGAAGGAAGCGACCUAAACAUUUCCAAAGUUGAAGCUGAGGAUGGAAGUUUUGCCGGCGGUUCUGAGGUUGACGGCUCAAAUGGUGCUAAAGCUCAGUCAGAGGAACCAAACAAGGAUAAUAAGGAGGUUGAUACGACAGAGGAACCUAACGAAGAUAACCCCAGUGGUGCAUUGGAGGAACCAAACAAGGAGGCCACUAACAAGGCAGAAGCGGCAGAGGAAGAGGAGCAAUUGGUUGCUGAAACCGGAAUGAAGGUCGUUUCGAGUGCAGCAAAAGAAGAAACCUCCCCUGAAAAUAGCAAUGAGGUUGAAGAUGCUGUUGACAGUCUCUUCGAGGACCAAAAGGUUUUUGAAAAGGCCGACGAGCCAAAGAACCAUACCCAGAAUGGACAACUGCCCUUUCAAUUACCAGUGAGUGAGGUUCCUCCCAAAAAGAAAGAAGCUGCGGAUGAGGCUCCGCAGGGUGAGGGUGAAGAAAUGGUGAAAGGUUCGGCAGAAGAUUUUCUUGAGAAUGAGACUGAAGAUACCCUAAAUGGACGCAAAGAACCCGGCGUAAAAUCAGUCCUUCCGGCUACAGUAUCUGAUGACAAUGUCAAGUUGGGUGACAAGACAGCGACCAGAAUAACUAAACCAGAAGCAGGUGACGCUCCAGCUGUAAAUAAGCGUCAGCCAGCUACGCCUGAUUUACCUAUGAAAUAUUCAAGCAAGAGGUCUGGAAGUCAUAGUGGGGAAGCAUCGAAACAUGUAGCUAAGGAUGCCCAGAUGCUUGAGGGUGACGAUGGAACGCCAGAGGAACAAGCGGCAUUUGUAAAGGAACUUGAAACUUUUUACAGGGAGAGGGGAAUGGAUUUUAAACCACCCAAGUUUUAUGGGCAGCCUCUUAACCUUUGCAAGUUAUGGAGAUCUGUCAUUAGAUUGGGCGGCUAUGAUCUGGUCACUGGAUCCAAGUUGUGGCGGCAAGUUGGUGAAUCCUUUCAUCCUCCCAAGACUUGCACUACAGUUUCCUGGACAUUCCGCAUUUUCUAUGAGAAGUCUCUUUUAGAAUAUGAAAGGUAUAAGAUACAAAGUGGUGAGCUCCAGUUCCCUGUUGCUGCUGUCCCUGAAUCAGCUGGUGCUGACAAUGAGGGCAAUGGUUACCAAGCUUCAGGAUCCGGUAGGGCAAGAAGAGAUGCUGCUGCUCGUGCUAUGCAAGGUUGGCAUGUUCAACGACUUUUUGGAUAUGGUGAGGUUGGCGAGCCUAUUGUAAAGGAUAAAAGUCCCAACAAUAUGCAGAAGCGUGAAAACAAAGUGAAAAGCAUUGGCUCACUUAAACAGAAGAGAACAAGUGAGAUGGAGCUUCCUGUGAAGGCCCAAAGAACUGAAACAUACAGGCAAUUGGUCACAACAGUAGUUGAUGUUGGCCCUCCUGCUGAUUGGGUGAAGAUAAAUGUUCGUGAAACUAAAGAUUGCUUUGAAGUUUAUGCUCUUGUCCCAGGGCUUUUGCGUGAAGAGGUGCGAGUCCAAUCUGAUCCAGCUGGACGGCUGGUCAUUACUGGUCAGCCUGAGCAACCUGAUAAUCCAUGGGGUAUUACGGCCUUCAAGAAGGUGGUGAGCUUGCCGGCUAGAAUUGAUCCACUCCAGACUUCUGCUGUUGUUAGCCUGCACGGACGGCUCUAUGUUCGAGUCCCUUUUGAGCAGGCUAAUACCUAAGUCGAGGUUUUCUUGGAACAACCGAAUUGUUAGAGUUAGUCAAGAGGAAUUGCUUGGGCUCAUAUAGUUCAAAAGCUUGUGAAUUGAGAUUGUGAUGGCCGAUGGGCUGAUGGCUUAGGUGGUCUCUUUCUUUUCAUUUUUUCCCCCUAAAAGUGAAGACAGUUAGAUGCCCUUUUUUUUUCACUUAACUCCAAUACUUUAGGUGGCUUUGUUGUAGGACCCAGAAAUUUAUGCUCAGUGGUUAGGAUCAAUCUUUGUUUAUCCUGCUUUUCUGUAAGAUGUGCGUUGUUAAACAUGUCGACCAAAUUAACUACACAGGAAAGCGUGAUGGUAGGUUCGCUAGCAUCAGUAACUUGGCUCUCUUUGUUUUAGGCAGAGGCAGAAUGAAAAUACUUGUUCUCUUC